AAGCCGGCGGGGAGGCGCAGACGCCGCGUUGGGCUCCAGUGGCUGACCCGAGCGCCGGGCCGCUUCCGCCGCCUCUGCCCGUCUUCCUGCUGCCUCUGUCCGCGGGCUCCGCACUGGGUAUCGGCCGCCUGCCGGCCCGUCCGCCCGGGAAACGCCAUGGCCGGCUACGUGCCGGGCCAGCUGCCGCUCAACCGCAGCCAGGAGAAGGAGUUCGUGCAGGCCUACGAGGAUGUACUGGAGCGCUACAAAGAUGAACGGGACCGGGUCCAGAAAAAAACCUUCACAAAAUGGGUGAAUAAGCACCUGAUGAAGGUGCGCAAGCACAUCAAUGACCUCUACGAGGAUCUGCGAGAUGGUCACAACCUCAUCUCUCUACUGGAGGUCCUUUCGGGCGUCAAGUUGCCUCGAGAAAAGGGGAGGAUGCGCUUCCAUCGCCUGCAGAAUGUGCAGAUCGCGCUUGACUUCCUCAAACAGCGACAGGUGAAACUGGUGAACAUUCGUAAUGAUGACAUCACCGAUGGGAACCCGAAACUCACCCUGGGUUUGAUCUGGACGAUUAUCCUUCAUUUUCAGAUCUCUGACAUCUACAUCAGCGGAGAGUCUGGGGACAUGUCUGCUAAAGAAAAGCUGCUUUUGUGGUCACAGAAAGUAACGGCUGUUUACGUGGGACUCAAGUGCACCAACUUCUCUUCCUGUUGGAGUGACGGGAAGAUGUUCAAUGCUGUCAUCCAUAGAUAUCGACCAGAUCUUGUGGACAUGGAGAGAGUUUAUAUUCAAAGCAACCGAGAGAACCUGGAGCAGGCCUUUGAGAUUGCUGAACGGCUUGGUGUCACCAGGUUGCUGGAUGCAGAAGAUGUUGAUGUCCCUUCACCAGAUGAAAAAUCUGUAAUCACUUACGUGUCUUCAAUUUAUGAUGCCUUCCCCAAAGUCCCCGAGGGAGGAGAAGGAAUUAGUGCCACUGAAGUGGACACAAAAUGGUUAGAAUAUCACACCUGUGUAGAAACACUCAUCAGCUGGAUCAAGCAGCAUACGAUACAGAUGUGUGACAAAUCUUUUCCCCAAAACCCUGUAAAGCUCAAGGCACUUUAUAACCAGUAUAUCCAUUUUAAAGAAACAGAAAUCCCAACAAAACAGUUAGAAAAAAGAAGCAUUGAAGAGUUAUACAAAUUGCUGGAGGUCUGGAUUGAAUUUGGACGCCUGAAGCUGCCGCAGGGCUACCAUCCCAACGACGUAGAGGAAGAGUGGGGAAAGCUGAUCAUAGAGAUGCUGGAGCAUGAGAAGCUUCUACGACCAGCUGUGGAAAGACUGGAGCUGCUGCUGCAGAGAGCAAACAAGAUUCAGAAUGGGACCCUCAGCUGUGAGGAAAAACUCACCUUGGCAAGGAACACGCUGCAGGCAGAGGAAGCCCAAUUGGAGUCGGGCCAGCCAGUGCAGUAUGAAUCCGAUGUCAUCAUGUACCUCCAGGAGUGCGAGGGACUCCUCCGACAGCUGCAGAUGGAUGUUCAGAUACUCCGGGAUGAGAACUAUUACCAGGUGGAGGAGCUGGUCUUCAAGAUUGUGCGGCUUCAAGAUGAAUUGGUAACUUUGAGGCUGGAGUGUACCAAUCUUUACCGGAAAGGUCACUUCUCCUCCCCCUCCUCCUUGGACUUGGCACAGCCUUCCUCCUUGAGCACUAGACACUUGAAGAUGGAACCUUUGCUGAAAGGAACGAUUGCCCCUCCUGCCUCUACCUCCUGGAUUCGGAAGCCAAUGCCUCGUGUGGAGUUAGUAGCUAUUUCAUCCUCUGAAGACGAGGGCAACCUCCGCUUUGUGUACGAGCUGCUCUCUUGGGUGGAAGAGAUACAGAUGAAGCUGGAACGAUCCGAAUGGGGGAAUGACUUGCCCAGUGUGGAAGCCCAGCUGGAGGUUCAGCGCCAAGUCCACAGUAGCGUCAAAGGGAUAGGCUCCAGCGUGAAGGAGGCCAGGAUGUACGAGGGUAAAAUGUCUUCAAAUUUCCGUGCUAGCUACACUGAAACCCUGGGGAAACUGGAGACGCAGUACUGCAAACUGAUGGAGACAUCCAGUUUUCGACUACGUCAUCUCCAAAGUUUGUAUGAGUUUGUAUCACAAGCAACAACUGAGCUAAUUUGGCUAAAUGAAAAGGAGGAGGAAGAGCUUGCCUACGACUGGAGUGACAACAACCCUAAUCUGACGACAAAGAAGAGUUACUUCUCAGAGCUGACAGAGGAGCUGGAGGAGAAGCAGGACGUGUUCCGUGCUUUGCAAGAUUCUUCUGAGCUGCUCUCAUUGGAGAAUCACCCCGCCAAGCAAACAGUGGAGGCCUACAGUGCUGCAGUUCAGACGCAGUGGCACUGGAUCAAGCAGCUAUGCUUGUGUGUGGAUCAGCAUUUGAGGGAGAACACUGCCUACUUCCAGUUCUUUGGUGAUGCCCGGGAAUCUGAGAUGUUCUUGAAGAGCCUCCAGGACAACAUCAAAAGGAAGUAUUCUUGUGACCGCAAUACCAGCCUGACCCGCCUGGAGGACCUGCUCCAGGAUUCCAUGGACGAAAAGGAGCAGCUCAUCCAGUCCAAGAGCUCUGUGGGCAGCUUGGUGGGGAGGUCCAAAAGCAUUGUCCAACUGAAGCCCCGAAACCCCGAGUGCCCUUUGAAGAACACCAUCUCCGUGAAGGCGGCUUGCGAUUACCGCCAAAUUGAGAUCACGAUCUGCCGCAACGAUGAGUGUGUGCUGAAAGACAACGCUCAGCGAACCAAAUGGAGAGUGAUCAGUCCCGCUGGGAAUGAGGCCACGGUGCCCUCUGUUUGCUUCUUGGUUCCCCCUCCCAACAGAGAGGCCAUCGAAAUGGCCAGCAGAGUGGAGCAGCUCUACCAGAAGGUGAUGUCUUUAUGGCACCAGCUGCAUGUCAACAUGAAAAGCCUGGUCUCCUGGAAUUAUUUGAGGAAGGAUAUCGCUUUGGUGCAGAGUUGGAACCUGGAGAAGCUGCGGGCUCUGGCCCCAGGAGAAUGCCACCACACCAUGAAGAACCUGCAGAUGCACUUUGAAGACUUCUUGGAGGACAGCCGAGACUCAGAGAUCUUCUCCCUGGCGGAUCGGCUGCACCUUGAGGAAGAAGUUGAUUCGUGCAAAGAGCAUUUUCAGCAGCUUUUGCAGUCCAUGGAAAACGAGGAUAAAGAUGAGACUGCUUCUCGGACUUACCUCUCUGAGCUCAAGAACAUCCGGCUUCACCUGGAGGAAUGUGAGCAGCGGCUGGUGGGCACCAUCCGGACACCAAGUAGCACCAGAACUGAUGGGGAUGCUCGGCAGGAAAAUACUUUUCGAAUGGCCGAGCAGGAGCGCCUGAAGGGAGAUUUGCACCACUUGAGAGUCGACCUGGAUCAACUGACUGAGAGAUGCCACAUUUUUCUGCACAAGUCUCCCACUGGGUCAAGCACCCCACAGCUUCAUUCUGAGCUGAACCUUCUGGUGGAAAAGAUGGAUCAGGUCUACGGACUCUCUGCAGUCUACCUGGACAAGCUAAAGAUGGUUGAUGUUAUCAUUCAGAAUACACAAGGAGCUGAACUCUUGGUCAAAGGCUAUGAGGUGAAAUUGAGUCAAGAGGAAGCUGUGCCUGCAGACGUCAUUGCCAUUCAGUCCCAGCGGACCUCCUUGCAGCACUGGAUCAGUGAAGUGAACACCAAGAAGGCUGUCUUUGCAACCUUGGAGGAUGACUUGGCAAAAGCCAAGGGGGUAGCGGACCAGCUGUACCGCUUGAAGCAGGAGCGCAGCCUGGACCUGGAGCACUACCAGGAGAAGGGGGCUCAGCUGUGGGAUCGCUGGCAAAGAGUCAGCCUGCAGAUGGAGACACGAAAAUCUGAUCUGGAGAAUAUUGAGGAUGUUCUCAGGGAUUAUCGGAACUGUCAUGGGGCACUUGUCCGGUGGAUUGAGCAGACCACAGUCCAGCAGGAGCUGAUGAAGCCUGGACAAGCAGAGGACAGCCGGGUGCUCUCAGAGCAGCUCAGUCAACAGAUGGCACUGUUUGCUGAAAUAGAAGCAAAUCAAGCCAACCUGGACCAGUGUCAGAAGCUGUCGCAGCAAUAUUCAACUGCUGUCAAGGAGUAUGAGUUGCAGCUCAUGACCUAUCGGGCAUUUGUGGAAUCUCAGCAAAAAUCCCCCUUGAAGCGCCGGCGUGUCCUUUCCUCCUCCGAUGCCAUCACACAAGAGUUCAUGGAUUUACGGACACACUACACAGCCCUGGUCACAUUGACUACACAACAUGUGAAGUACAUCAGUGAUGCUCUCCGGCGCCUGGAAGAGGAAGAAAAAGUUGUAGAGGAAGAGAAACAGGAACACAUGGACAAGGUGAAAGGACUCCUGGGCUGGGUCACAAGCUUCAAACAGAGCCGACCAUUCAGAAGCAUCUCACCCACAAAGAGGAAAAUGCUGGGAGAUAUUGAGAAGUCCAUUUUGGAGCAGCAGGGCUUGAAUGACGAAUUGGCUGCAAAGAAGGAAGAAGUAUCAGAAGCUAUAAAAACUACUCAAAUAUUUCUUGCAAAGCAUAACAACAAGCUUUCUGACCAGGAGAAGGUACAGAUUUCAGUCCACUUGGAUGCGCUCAAAGAAACGUAUGACCAGCUCUGCUGUGAUUCCACAGAACAGCUUCAGCAGUUGCAGAGACACAUGGCUCAGGAGAUGGCACAUAAGACACUGCAAGAACAACAAGCCAUACGAGACCACAAGCUGCAGGAGAUGUGCACCUGGAUGGAUCAGGCAGAGGCCCAGCUGCAGGGUUCCCAAGCAGCCACAGCAGGGGCAUCAGGGGAAGACCUCUCCGUCCUGGAACACAACCAGAAAGACGUGACCGACCUGCGUCGGAGCCUGCACAGCCGGACGGCUUCCUUCACAAGUGUCUUGAAGGCAACAGAGGACUUUCUGGAGGAGAACAGAAUCAAACUUCCCCUUGGAGAGCUGGAAUCCCUGCAAGAAAAGCUCCACCAGGCUCAGGGGCGGUACCUGUCUCUGCAGGAGAGGGUGGAGGCCGCCCAGAAGGAGCUUGAAAGUGCUGUGAACUCUGUGAUGCAACAACAGACAGAAAAGGUUAGAGUUAUUAAAGACUUUGAAGAAAAUUGGAGUAAGAUUGAAUCCCUUCUACACUGGGUGGCAUCAGUGGAGAAGUCUAGAGGGGUCCCAGAAGAUAAAUUGUGGUCAGUGGGAAAAGAUGGUAGAAGACAUGGAGAUGGAAGAGUCCAAGAUGCUCCUGAUGGCCAUUGUUGGAAAUGGUUGAAGAGAAUCUUUUUACACUACACGAGUUUGAAGGUCCAUCACCAAGAGCUUCUUUCUCACCAGCAAGAGGUCAUUCUAGCCACACAGUCAGCCCAGAGUUUCCUGGACAAACAAAACCACAAUCUUACACUGGAAGAGAAGCAGAAUCUGCAAAGAAGGCUAGAAGAGCUGAAGGACCAGUAUGCUGCUUCCCUGUCUCAGACAGAAGGGCAGCUCAAACAAGCCCAGACGCUCUGUGAUGAGCUGCAGAAGUUUUUGCGGGACCACCAAGAGUUUGCAGCCUGGCUGGAACAGGCCGAGCAAGACUUGGAGAAGAUGUGUGCAGGGGACGGCAGCCUUGAGUCCCUUCAGCCUGUGCUCCUGCAGCAGAGUAGCUUCUCUGAAGAUGUGAUUUCCCACAAAGGGGACUUACGUUUUAUCACGAUGUCAGGGCACAAAGUGUGGGAUGCUGAGGAGGCUGUGGCUGCUGCAAGUGGAGGGGAGCCAUGCCCUGAGAUAUUAGCCACCAGCGCAUUAGUGAAGAGCAAACUGGAAGACGCCAACAGGAGAUAUGGCACCCUCCACUCUAAGUGCUCUGCCCUUGGCCUCCACCUGAACCUCCUGCUGGAUUCGCUCUCAGCAGUUCCAGAUAUAGCAGAAUCUCUCCGGUCGUGGCUGCAAGAGCGUGAAGAGGCUGUGACCCGCCUCCUGCUGGAGCCCAUUUCCUCUGACCCAGCCAUUUUGCAAAGGCAGCUGGCUAACGCCAAACACCUGCAGGAGGACCUUGCAGAGCAUCAGGUGCCUGUAGAAAAGCUUGAAAAAAGCUUCAGUCCUCUGGAAAUACGAGAAGCCCCAAUUCCUGACCACAGAGGCAUCCAGCAGACCACAGAUUCCAUUAUGAGCCGAUUCCAGAGCCUUUUGUGUCGGAUGGCUGAGCGCGCGGAUCUUUUGCAGAAGUCCAUUGCUCAAUCUCAGAGUGUCCAAGAGGCUUUGGAGAGCCUCCUUCAGUCCAUGGCUGAGAUUGAGGAAACUCUCAUACAGGAGGAUGUGUCUGCAUUCUCCUCCAUUUCCAUCCAGGAGGCCCUUGCUACAAACACAAAGCUCAAACAAGACAUUGCCAGGCAAAAGAGCAGUUUGGAAGCCACUCGUGAAAUGGUGACCCAGUUUAUGGAAACUGCUGACAGCACCGCUGCUGCCGCCCUCCAAAGCAAGCUGGCAGAGGUGAGCCAGCACUUCAGCCACCUGUGGCAGCAACAGCAAGAGAAGGAGGACACCUGGAAGAAGGUCCUCCCCCAGGUGGAACAGUACGAGCAGCUCUCAGAGAAGCUGAAGCAAUUCAUGGAGAUCCGAGGUCGGAUGCUGGCCUUGGGAAACCAACCUGAGCGGGACAUUACUCACUUCGCCCAGCAGAUCCAGGAACUGAAUUCAGAGAUGAAGCUGUGCCAUGAGGAUCUGGACAAACUGGAACAAUUAACCACAGAGUUAAGCUCUGGUGGGUUGGUGUGGACUGGCUUCUCCUCACACCAAGAGAAGGUGCGCAGUUUGCGGAAAGAGUUCACUCAACUGCAGAAAGCCACAAAGGAAAGGAAAAAAGGAGCUUCGUCUUGUCAAGAACAGUUGGAUGUAUUCCGAAAACUGGUUGGAUCGCUCAGGCAGUGGCUGGAAGAAACAAAGAGGAAUAUCCCAGCUACUGAGACUUCUUUGGGCACACAUGAGUUGGAGAAGCGGAGACAGCAAACAGAGGUCUUUGUGGAAGAAUGGCUAGCAAAGGAGGUUCUUGUGGAGGAGAUGAACCAACGGGGCAUAGCCUUACAGAAUUUAAUCAUUGAGAUUACAGCUCCAGAUGCACAAUUCAAGACAGGUCCUGUGCUCCCUGCUGGUGGUAGUUCAACAGGCAGUGUAAAUGGAUAUCACACCUGCAAAGAUCUGACAGAGAUCCAGUGUGAUAUGUCAGAUGUGAACCAGCAGUACGAAGGGCUGGGUGCUGGUUUACGGAGGCGUCUUGAGCAGCUCUCAGCCAUGUUGGACAAGAUGAGGGAGGCCCAAGAGGAGGUGAACUCUGUGCUGACAUGGUUGGAGGAGAAGGAGCAGGCUUUGAAAGCCCUGGAAGCUUCCUCAUCACCUACAAAAUCGGACACAAUGAGAGCUCAGGCAGAGCAUAAUAAGGCAUUUUUGGGUGAUUUGGAGCAGAAUGCCGUGAAGGUCCAGGCAGCCAAGGAAUCGCUCUCUGGACUCUUGGAGAAAUACCCGGACUCUCCAGAAGCAAGAAACUGGAAGAGGAUGUUGGAAGACUUAAAUUCCAGGUGGGCACAUGCCAAGCAGAUGACAGAGGAGCGCCAGCAGAAGCUAGAAAAAUCAGCCAAUGAACUGGCAAGUUUCCAGGAAGCAGAAGGCCAGCUGAGGCCCUGGCUGAUGGAGAAGGAGCUUAUGAUGAGUGUGCUGGGACCACUCUCCAUUGAUCCUAAUAUGCUGACUGCCCAAAAACAGCAGGUUCAGUUCAUGCUGAAGGAAUUUGAAGCUCGGAAGCACCAGUAUGACCAGCUGAACGAUGCAGCCCGGGGAAUCCCCACCAGCCCUGGUGAAAAGUCUCCAUCCCACAGCCAUGUGCAGGAGGAGCUCCAGGCUAUCAACAGAAAGUGGACCAGCCUCAUGGAACGUCUCAACUCUCGUUCCAGUCAAAUCGACCAGGCUGUGGUCAAGAGCACCCAGUUCCAAGAGCUGCUCCAGGGAUUGUCUGAGAAAGUGAAAGCUGCUGGACAGCGCCUGAGCACCCAGCCUGCCAUCAGCACCCAACCAGAGGCUGUGAAGCAGCAGCUGGAGGAAACCAGUGAAAUCCGGUCUGAGCUGGAGCAGCUGGAAGAGGAGAUCACAGAGGCUCAAGCCCUGUGCGAGCAGCUCUCGGGUCUCAUUGGAGAGCAAUACCUUAAAGAUGAACUCAGGAAGCGCCUGGAAACUGUCGCCUUGCCUCUCAAAGGGCUAGAGGAUUUAGCAGGUGACCGACUGAAUCACUUGCAGACGGCACUCGCCAACUCCCAGCAAUUCCAGCAGAUGUUUGAUGAGCUCUACACUUGGGUAGAGGACAGGCUGAAGCAGCAGGCACAGAGUGGGCCAAUCUCAGCCAAGCUGGAGAGGCUGCAGUUUCAGAUUCAGGAGCAGGAAGAGUCCCAAAAGAGCCUAAACCAACAUAGUGGCUCCUAUGAAAUGAUUGUGGCAGAGGAGGAAUCUUUGCUCCUCUCUGCUCAACCUGGAGAAGAGAAGGCAACCUUGCAAAGCCAACUGGUUAGCUUGAAAGCAAACUGGGAGGAGCUGAGCAAACAAAUUGCCAGUCGGCACUCCAAACUUAAGGACUGCUUACAGAAGGCCCAGAAAUACCAGCGCCAUGUGGAAGACCUUUUCCCUUGGGUGGAGGAUUGUAGGUCAAAGAUGUCAGAGUUAGAAAUCACUCUGGAUCUCGUACAACUGGAAGCCGCUCUUCUAAGGUCAAAGGCCAUGUUGAGUGAUGUAGCAAAACGGCGCUCCCUUCUAGAGAUGCUGAAUAGUGCUGCUGACAUCCUUAUUGAUGCAUCAGAAAUGGAUGAAGAUGACAUUAGAGAUGAGAAAGCAGAGAUCAACCAGAAGAUGGAUGCUAUAACAGAGGAGCUCCAAGCCAAGACCGAGUCCCUUGAAGAGUCUCAAAGGCUCAAGGAGUUCCAAGAAAGUUUUAGGAACAUUGAAAAGAAACUAGAAGGGACAAAGCAUCAGCUGGAGAUCUAUGAAGCUCUUGGCCCUCAGGCCUGUAGCAGUAAAAAUUUGGAAAAACUGAGAGCUCAACAGGAGGCUCUUCAGACCCUGGAAGCCCAAGUGGAUUACCUCAGGAAUUUUACUCAGGGUCUCGUGGAAGAUACUCCAGAUGGAUCAGACUCUUCCCAUCUCUUACACCAAGCUGAAAGCCAACAAGAUUUCAAGGGGGUGAAGCAAAAGUCAAUGAAUGUUGUAAAAUCAUGGAAAGCAAGCUUUGAAGGAAUAGGACUAUUUAAUAAUCGUGUUCGGGAAAUGUUUUCUCAACAUGACCUAGAUGAUGAGUUGGAUAGCAUGGGCCCUGUUGGGAGGGACAUGGACAGCCUCCAGUCCCAAGCAGAUGAUGCCCAUAAUUUUUUGGGCAAACUUCAAUGUUUAAGAUUAGAUAUCCAAGUUUCUGAAGAGAAAUGUAGACAGAUGCUGGAUGAUGAAGGGAGUCCUGAUCUCAUAGGGCUGAAACGUGAACUGGAGACCUUAAAUAAGCAAUGCAUCAAAUUGACUGAAAGGGGGAAAAGCCGCCUGGAGCAGGUGGAUACCACGCUGGCUCGCGUCAAAGACUUUUACAACAAGCUGAAGGAGCUGAACUACAUGACCACUAUGGCAGAAGAGGGUGAAGCACUGCAGUGGGUAGUUGGGACUGAAGUGGAUGUAAUCAACCUGCAGCUGGCAGAUUUCAAGCAAUUCCAGAAGGAGCAAGUUGACCCCCUUCAGUUAAAGCUGCAGCAGGUCAAUGGGCUUGGACAAGGGCUUGUCCAGAGUGCAGGGAAGAACUGUGAUGUCCAGGGCUUGGAGCAUGACAUGGAGGAGAUCAACACUCGGUGGAAUACCCUCAACAAAAACGUGGCCCAGAGGGUUGCCCAACUGCAGGAAGCCCUGCUCCAUUGUGGGAAGUUCCAGGACGCCUUGGAGCCUUUGCUCAGCUGGUUGACUGACACGGAGGAGCUCAUCUCCAACCAGAAGCCGCCAUCUGCUGAAUACAAAGUGGUGAAGGCUCAAAUCCAGGAGCAGAAGUUGCUGCAACGUCUCCUGGACGAUCGGAAAGCUACUGUUGAGAUGAUCCAAGCGGAGGGUGGCAGAAUCGCCCGCUCGGCUGAACCAGCAGACAGGGAGAAAAUCGUCAGCCAGUUGAAUAGCCUGGGAAGCCACUGGGCAAGCCUUCUUAGCAAAGCUUCAGCCAGGCAAAGUCAGCUGGAGGAGAUCCUGGUUUUGGCCAGGCAGUUCCACGAGACAUCAGAGCCCACCUCUGAGUGGUUGUCGGUGACUGAAAAGAAACUGGCCAAUUCCGAGCCCAUUGGGACUCAGACGGCCAAAAUCCAGCAGCAGAUUGCACGGCACAAGGCGCUAGAGGAGGAGAUAGACAAUCAGGCCAUGUCGGUGACUCAGGUGGUCAGCAUUGGCCAUUCCCUGGCCUUGCUGAGCUGCCGUGCUGAGCAGGCCUCCCUGGCCGAGAAGCUUGACCUGCUUGAGUCCCGGUACGCUGAGGUUUCUGACCGAUGUGGCCGGAAGGCUGUCCUCCUCGAACAGGCUCUGUCCAAUGCCCGGCUCUUUGGGGAGGAUGAAGUGGAGGUGCUGAACUGGUUGGCUGAGGUUGAAGACAGGCUCAGCUUGGUGUCCGUCAAGGAUUACAGACGAGAGGUCCUGCAGCAGCAACAUUCUGGCCAGCUGGCUUUGAAUGAUGAGAUUGUGAACCGCAAGAAGCACGUUGACCAGGCCAUCAAGAAUGGGCAGGCCCUCCUGAAACAAACCACAGGGGAAGAGGUGCUGCUCAUCCAAGAGAAACUGGAUGGCAUCAAGACCCGCUACUCGGAUAUCACCGCUGCCAGCUCAAAGGCUCUCCGCACACUGGAGCAGGCACGGCAGCUGGCCACCAAGUUCCAGUCAACACAUGAAGAGUUGACAGUCUGGAUGGGUCAGGUGGAAGAGGAGCUGAUGUCUGGGGGAGGACAUUCCCCCACCGGCGAACAGAUCCCUCAAUUCCAGCAGAGGCAGAAGGAACUAAAGAAGGAGGUGAUGGAACAUCAGAUUAUUCUGGACACAGUGAACGAAGUCAGCCAUGCCCUCCUUGAACUGGUCCCUUGGCGAGCCCGUGAAGGACUAGAUAAGCUGGUUUCAGACACCAACGAGCGGUAUAAAGCCACCAGUGACACCAUCAACCAGCGGGUGGCAGAGAUAGAUGCUGCCAUCCAAAGAUCUCAGCAGUACGAGCAGGCAGCCGAUGCGGAACUCGCCUGGGUUGCUGAGACCAGACGGAAGCUGUUGGCGCUUGGUCCAGUUAGGUUGGAGCAGGACCAGACCACUGCCCAGCUGCAGGUGCAGAAGGCCUUCUCUAUCGACAUUAUUCGUCACAAAGAUUCUGUGGAUGAACUGCUCAGCCAACGAACAGAGAUUUUCGGAACUUGUGGAGAGGAGCAGAAAGUCAUGCUGCAGGAGAAGACGGAGUCUCUUCUGAAGCAGUAUGAUGCAACCAGCCACCUCCACUCGGAGCGCUAUGCUCGCCUGGAACGGGCCCAGGUCCUGGUCAACCAAUUCUGGGAGACCUAUGAAGAGCUGAGUCCUUGGGUUGAGGAGACCCAAGCAUUGAUUGGGCAGCUUCCCCCUCCAGCAAUUGACCACGAGCACCUCAAGCAGCAGCAGGAAGAUAUGAGGCAACUGAGGGAAUCCAUUGCUGAACACAAGCCCCACAUUGACAAGCUGCUGAAAAUUGGCCCUCAACUGACGGAACUGAACCCCGAGGAAGGGGCCAUGGUGCAGGGGAAGUACUUUGCCGCAGAAGCCACCUACUCCCGCAUCAAGGAAGAGGUCCGCCAGCGGGCUCAGGCCCUUGACGAGGCCAUCUCCCAGUCAACGCAGAUUGCAGAGUUCCAUGACAAGAUAGAGCCGAUGCUGGAGAUGCUGGAGACGCUGUCUUCCCGCCUGCGCAUGCCUCCCUUGAUCCCAGCCGAGGUGGAGAAGAUCCGUGAGUGCAUUGGUGACAAUAAAAAUGCCACGCUGGAGCUGGAGAAGCUGCAGCCAUCCUUCGAAGGACUGAAGCGCCGGGGAGAGGAACUUAUCGGACGAUCCCAGGGGGCAGACAGGGACCUGGCAGCCAAAAACAUCCAGGAUAAAUUAGAUCACAUGGUAUUUUUCUGGGAAGACAUCAAAGCUCGAGCUGAGGAACGCGAGAUCAAGUUCCUUGAUGUCCUGGAGCUGGCGGAAAAGUUCUGGUAUGACAUGGCUGCCCUCCUAACCACCAUCCGGGAUACCCAAGACAUUGUCCAUGAUCUGGAAAGUCCUGGGAUUGAUCCAUCCAUAAUCAAACAGCAGAUUGAAGCAGCCGAGACCAUCAAGGAAGAGACAGACGGUUUGCAUGAAGAACUGGAAUUCAUCCGAAUCCUGGGGGCCGAUCUGAUUUUCGCCUGUGGGGAGAUGGAGAAACCAGAAGUUAAGAAAAGCAUUGAUGAGCUGAACGGUGCCUGGGAACAUCUGAACAGAACCUGGAAGGAGAGGCUGGAGAAGCUGGAGGAGGCCAUGCAGAAUGCAGUGCAGUAUCAGGAUAAUCUGCAGGCUAUGUUUGACUGGCUAGAUAACACAGUGAUUAAACUGUGCAACAUGUCCCCGGUGGGCACAGAUCUCAACACUGUCAAAGAGCAACUGAAUGAGAUGAAGGAGUUCAAAACAGAAGUAUACCAGCAGCAAAUAGAGAUGGAGAAGCUGAAUCACCAGGGAGAACUUUUGCUCAAAAAAGCCACAGAUGAGACAGACCGAGACAUCAUCAGAGAGCCACUAACAGAACUGAAGCAUCUUUGGGAGAAUCUGAGUGAAAAAAUAGCUCAUCGACAGCACAAGCUGGAAGGGUCUCUCUUGGCCCUCGGCCAGUUCCAGCAUGCCCUGGCUGAGCUUAUGGCAUGGCUGACCCACACCGAAGAGCUGCUGGAUUCCCAGAGGCCCAUCAACGGGGACCCCAAAGUCAUUGAAGUGGAGUUGGCCAAGCACCAUGUACUGAAAAAUGAUGUGUUGGCCCACCAAGCCACAGUGGAGACUGUGAACAAGGCUGGCAAUGAACUCCUGGAAUCCAGUGCAACGGAUGAUGCCAGCAGUCUCCGGAACCGGCUGGAGACCAUGAACUCCUGCUGGGAGUCAGUCCUGCAGAAGACGGAAGUGCGGGAGCAGCAGCUGCAGGCAACCCUUCAGCAGGCCCAGGGCUUCCAUGGUGAAAUUGAAGACUUCCUUUUGUGGCUCACCAGGAUGGAAAGUCAGCUGUCAGCUUCCAAACCAACGGGUGGGCUGCCAGAAACUGCUCGGGAACAACUGAACAUCCACAUGGAACUCUAUGCCCAGCUGAAGGUAAAUGAGGAAAUCUACAGCGAGCUCCUGGCGAAGGGAAGGCUGAUGCUUCUGAGCCAUGAAGAUUCUGGAUCUGGAUCAAAGAUGGAGCAAAGUGUGGCUCUCUUGGAACAGAAAUGGGUCCUGGUCAGCACAAAGAUGGAAGAGCGGAAGUCCAAGCUGGAAGAGGCCCUCAACCUGGCAACCGAAUUCCAGAAUUCCCUGCAGGACUUCAUCAACUGGCUGACCCUUGGGGAGCAGAGUCUGAACGUUGCUUCUCCUCCCAGCCUCAUCCUUAACACUGUGCUCUCCCAAGUAGAAGAACACAAGGGUUUUGCUAAUGAAGUCAAUGCUCACCGGCAUCAGAUCAUUGCUCUGGACCAAAGUGGAAACCAGCUGAAGUUUCUGAGCCAGAAGCAGGAUGUGGUCCUGAUCAAGAACCUCCUGGUCAGCGUGCAGUCUCGCUGGGAGAAAGUUGUCCAGCGGUCAGUUGAAAGGGGGCGGGCUCUAGAUGAUGCCAGGAAGCGGGCAAAACAGUUCCAUGAAGCUUGGAAAAAGUUGGUGGAUUGGUUGGACGAUGCUGAAAAUCAUCUAAAUUCUGAGCUGGAAAUUUCCAACGAUCCAGACAAAAUCAAAUUGCAGCUUUCCAAGCAUAAGGAGUUCCAGAAAACCCUGGGGGGCAAACAGCCUGUUUAUGACACCACCAUCCGCACCGGAAGAGCCUUGAAAGAGAAAGCUCACUUCCCCGAUGACACCCAAAACCUGGAUCACCUCCUAGGGGAAGUCCGGGAUAAAUGGGACACAGUUUGUGGCAAAUCUGUGGAGCGGCAGCACAAACUGGAAGAGGCGCUUCUCUUCUCUGGGCAGUUUAUGGAUGCACUGCAGGCCUUGGUGGACUGGCUCUACAAAGUGGAGCCCCAGUUGGCUGAAGACCAGCCUGUCCACGGGGAUCUGGAUCUGGUCAUGAAUUUAAUGGACGCUCACAAGGUUUUCCAGAAAGAGCUUGGCAAGCGGACGGGCACCAUCCAGGUUCUCAAGCGUUCAGGUCGUGAACUAAUUGAGAACAGCCGAGACGACACCACCUGGGUGAAAGUGCAGCUUCAGGAGCUGAGCAACCGUUGGGACACCGUCUGCAAGAUGUCCGUCUUGAAGCAGACACGGCUGGAACUGGCCUUAAAGCAGGCCGAGGAGUUCCGGGCAGCCAUCCACCAGCUGCUGGAGUGGCUCUCGGAGGCCGAGCAGACCCUCCGCUUCCGAGGAGCUUUGCCCGACGAUGCGGAAGCUCUGCAGUCACUCAUCGACGUACAUAAGGAGUUCAUGAAGAAGGUGGAGGAGAAAAGGCUGGACGUGAACUCAGCGGUGGGGAUGGGGGAGGCCAUCCUGUCUGUGUGCCACCCAGACUGCGUCACCACCAUAAAACACUGGAUCACCAUCAUGCGGGCUCGGUUCGAAGAGGUUCUCACCUGGGCAAAGCAGCACCAGCAGCGGCUUGAAGCGGCGCUUCUGGAACUCGUGGCCAACGCGGAGCUCCUGGAAGAACUGCUGGCGUGGAUCCAGUGGGCGGAGGCCACGCUGAUCCAGCGGGACCAGGAGCCCCAGAAUAUCGAGCAGGUCAAAGCCCUCAUUGCAGAACACCAGUCCUUCAUGGAAGAGAUGACCCGGAAGCAGCCAGAUGUGGACCGUGUCACCAAAACAUAUAAGAGGAAAACGACUGAGCCAACUCAUGGCCCUUUCAUGGAAAAAUCCCGCAGCAACAGAAAGCCCUUGAACCAGGCAGCCCCUCCGCCCCUGCCAAUCCUAUCGCAGUCCGAAGCCAAGAACCCGCGCAUCAACCAGCUCUCCGCACGCUGGCAGCAGGUGUGGCUGCUGGCCCUGGAGCGGCAGCGCAAGCUCAAUGAUGCCCUGGACAGGCUAGAAGAGUUGAAAGAAUUUGCAAACUUUGACUUUGAUGUGUGGCGGAAGAAAUAUAUGCGCUGGAUGAACCACAAGAAAUCUCGUGUGAUGGACUUCUUCCGGCGGAUCGACAAAGACCAGGAUGGGAAGAUCACCCGGCAGGAGUUCAUUGAUGGGAUCCUGGCCUCUAAAUUCCCCACGACAAAUAGAAUGACAGCUGUUGCUGAUAUCUUUGACCGGGAUGGGGAUGGCUAUAUUGAUUAUUAUGAGUUUGUAGCUGCUCUACACCCUAACAAGAUUGGCUACCGACCCACAACAGAUGCGGACAAAAUCGAGGAUGAGGUGACAAGGCAGGUGGCUCAGUGCAAAUGUGCCAAGCGAUUCCAAGUGGAGCAGAUGGAGAGAACAAGUACCGGUUCUUCCUCGGCAACCAGUUUGGGGAUUCCCAGCAGCUGCGGCUGGUCCGUAUCCUGCGUAGUACCGUCAUGGUCCGUGUUGGCGGAGGAUGGAUGGCCCUGGACGAGUUCUUAGUGAAAAAUGAUCCUUGUCGAGCUCGAGGCAGGACUAACCUUGAACUUCGA